CCACCAGAAUAAACAGCUUACACUGGCUCUCAAAUUGAUUUAAGACUACACAUCGGAAAACCUUUCGAAAGUUUUAAGCGAAUCUUGAGUGUAAGCCGUCACACCACUCAGCGGAUUGCUGACAUUAAAUUCAAUCUGGUUGGAUUAUAUACACUCAUGAGCGCGAGGGGACCAUGGUUCGAAACUCAGGGGAGAUUUUUCUGGAUACUUUUGCAUUUCCUCCUGAUGGUUACCAGACAUAAACAUCUCGACAUUCAUUCCCAUGGCCCCAUGGUUUCUGGCAUAGAGCGGAUCUAUCAAGGCACGAGUCCCUUGAGAAUGGUGAUGGUGUCCGAUGAGAGUAAUGAUUUCUGCUACCUUUCACUGGACACAUCCUCGAUCUUCAAGAGCACCUCAUCUUUUCGACAGGCGUGCGCUAAUCCCCUAUGGCCAGAUGGAGACCCGACUGCCAGAACUGUUCUAAGGAGAAGACUUCUCAAUCCCUGACACCAUCAACCCACCUCCUGCUUCAACAUCUCCGAACUCAGCCUCCAAUUUCUGUCUUGAGCACCUUCCCAAACAAGAAUCAAGGCACGAGCGAGCUUCCAUAAUCCC